GGUCUCUCGAUGUGCGAAAUCUAGACGAAGCGCUGAUUUGUCAAGAUGGGUCGGGCUGUCGACAAGCUUGAAUGCUGAACCCAAUGAUGGCUGAACACUUUGCACAACUCGAGCCGCCAUUCUCAGGCCCACAGAACUAUCUAUCGGUCCUUGUCAACCAAGAGUGGACAGCACAACAGUACGAAGCAUAGCAUAGCCUCUAUGAAAAAUGGGGCCAAAUUGAGCUGUCGAGGCAAGGCUAGCCUGAGGCAAGCAACGUUCUCCUGCGUCGUCGCCAGCAAUCUUCAUGGGGUCCCGGCUUUAAGCAGCGUGGCCAUGACAUGUUUCGGCUACGAUUCACAAGAGAUGGUCGUGCCGAUUACCAUGACCAUGACUAUGAGCAGAGGACCCCGGAGCGGGCGCUUUGUGACCGUCGCAGCUGUGUUCCCCCCCACAGCGCACCACAUUGAAAUGGCUAGGACAUUGAAGGCAAUGGUGAUGAACCAUUGGCUCAUCGCAGCCCUCUGGUGCAAAGCGAACUCGGGUGCUACGCAGCGGACAGGCGUUAAGCAUCGCCUAUAGGGAGAGAAUCUCAGACAGAUACACAUCUACGACGCCCUAAGUCAGCUGCAAACGCCAAGCGGCCGUUUUGUUGCGUGUCCCAAAAAUGCGCCUCGUGAGUUUUAUAGUGGGUAACCGCAU